AUGAUUCCUGCCUUCUCUCUGCAGGAAGCAUUUGACCAGGACUGGGAAGCAGGUUGGAUCACACAGAGCAGCUACAGGAACGGUUCAGAUGACGGGGUCCUGGCCUACAAACUACUGGUACAGACCGGACGCAGGGAAAGGCCCAUCAGCGUUAACCAGCUGACUAGGCAGCGCUUGGUGGAUGCGGAUGGCAUCAUCAACCCGGUGGCGUUUUACAUCUACCUGACUGCGUGGGUCAGCAACGACCCGGUGGCGUACGCAGCCUCGCAGGCCAACAUACGGCCCCACCCGGAGUGGCUCCACGACCGCACAGACUCCAUGCUCGAGACACGGCUCAGCAUUCCUGCUGCUGAGCCCAUUGAAUAUGCACAGUUUCCAUUCUACCUCAACGGGCUCCGCGAGACCCCCCAGUUUGUGGAGGCCAUCGAGUCGGUGCGGGCCAUCUGCAGUAACUACAGCCGCCAGGGCCUACCCAGCUACCCCAACGGCUACCCCUUCCUCUUCUGGGAGCAGUACGUAGGCCUCAGACACUGGCUGUUGCUCUCCAUCAGCGUGGUGCUAGCCUGCACCUUCCUCGUCUGUGCCCUCUUUCUGCUCAACCCUUGGACUGCCGGCAUCAUCGUCCUGGUCCUGUCUCUGAUGACCGUGGAGCUGUUUGGUAUGAUGGGGCUGAUAGGGAUCAAGCUCAGUGCUGUUCCUGUGGUCAUCCUCAUCGCCUCAGUCGGCAUAGGAGUAGAGUUCACUGUACAUGUUGCUCUAGCGUUCCUCACAGCGAUAGGGGACCGUAACAGACGGGCAGUGCUGGCGUUAGAACACAUGUUUGCUCCUGUGUUGGACGGAGCCUUCUCUACUCUACUAGGAGUCCUCAUGCUAGCAGGCUCUGAGUUUGACUUCAUCGUCAGGUGAGUGGGACCAGUUGUG